CCCGACCACAAGUGUGACCACAAGUGUGUGCAUUUUCAUCCGCGCAGCUGAGGGAUCCAUCAAUUGACCUUCACUUCAGCGAGGAUGGCGCAAGAGAGAAUCGUGAGGGCACUGGAACGAGAACAAGAAGAGCAUACGCACGCGGAUGUUUGUUGUGAAAUGUACGUCUGUCUUUUCAGCGUGCCUCGUCGUUCAUCCGAAAGACAUGUCCGGCGUCGAUGUCCAUGUCAGGGCCAUCCCUCGUCGCCCUGCGGGACGAGAGCGCACGCAGCCUGCUGGUCAGCGAGAGGAAGGUCUUCACAUGGAGGUCAGACGCGUCAGCACUCAAGGACAUGAUAUUCAACGACAGGUAAGAAUCCGGGAAGACCUCUAUCGGCCUUUGACGGCUUCUCUCUCUCUCUACUCUGUGUGUGUGUGUGCGUGUGUGUGUGUGUGUUGCAGCCUGAAUCUGCUGCUGGUUGCUGUGCCGCUGGGUGUGGUUGCUUCAUCCGCCAACUGGGGUAGCUUCUGGAUCUUCGCGCUCAAUUUCGUCGCCUUGGUCCCGCUGGCCAAGGCGCUGGGCAGCGCGACGGAGGAGCUGGCGCUGCACGUUGGGGAGAUACUGGGCGGGCUGCUCAACGCCACAUUCGGCAAUGCCGUCGAACUCAUCCUCACCGUGCAGUCACUGCGGCAGGUUAGAGAAAGGAUGUGAAUCGAGUGCAGUUUCUUUCCAUCUGCAGGGAAGGGAGGCGUGUGUGUGUGUGUGCGUGUCAGGGUCUGAUAGCGGUUGUGCAGGGGACGCUCUUGGGGUCGAUAUUGUCCAACAUGCUGCUGGUGCUGGGAAUGUCAUUCUUCUUUGGUGGCAUCUACCACCAUGUGCAGACAUUCAACGUGCAGGGUAGGGUGCCUCACCCACACACCGACACAGAGGGACUUACGGUGACAGACAGGGGAAUAGAUGGCUGUGCUGUGUGUAUCCAUUCGAUGAUUUGAUCAGGUGCCACGAGCUGCACAUCUCUGCUGCUGUUGUCUGUCCUUGGGAUGGCGCUGACGUCAUGCUUCCACGAGUACUCGACCCUCGUGCAAGAGUCCAGCGUGCUCACGGUAAGUCAUUCCGUGCAGGGAAGCCAACAGGUGAUGGUUGUCGCUCGGGUGGUCUGUGGCCGCUCAGGUGUCCCGUAUCGCGGCUGUGGUGAUGCUGCUGACGUAUGUGCUAUUCAUCUACUUCCAGCUGCGCACACACAGAGACCUCUUCUCUGACGACAAAGGAGGCCAGGAAGAUGACCAAAGUACGCCCGCAGCAACACACAUACGAACAAUCAGGCGGACAGCGCAUGUGGAGGUCUCAACUGCACAGUCUUGCUUCGAUGUGUGUGUGUGUGUGCAGGUGCAGCCGACAUUGACGAGCUGGGGGAUGUGGCCAACCUCUCGUGGGUGUCGGCUGUGUUCCUCCUGGCCGUCGUCACCCUUAUCAUCGCCAUGAACUCUGACUACCUAGUGGGAUCCAUAGAAGGCAUUGUGACAGAGUGGGGCGUGCCUGAGGACUUCAUUGGCGUCAUACUGCUGCCUAUCGUCGGUCAGACAGACACACACACGCACCACAUGCGCAUGACACACCUUGUUUUGUCGGUCUCUCUCAGGCAAUGCGGCAGAGCAUUUGACGGCUGUUACAGUGGCCAUGAAGAACAAGCCAGACCUGACCAUUGGGGUCGCCAUCGGCUCUAGCACUCAAGUAAAGCACAUCACCAUCAAUCGGCACACGAGGGAUGGACGAUUAGACCGUGCGUGUGUGUGUGUGUGUGUGUGGCCUCUUUCCCUCCCUUUGAGCAGAUAGCGUUGUUUGCGGUGCCAGUGGCGGUGAUAGCUGGGUGGCUGAUGGAUCAGCCAAUGACGCUGGACUUCAACACGCUCGAGGCCACCGCACUCGCACUUAGCGUACUCGUAGUCCAAGGUGGUCUCCGUUGCAGAGUUCACACGGAGCACCUGCCUGCAGCCGUCAUGUCGUUUGUGUUGUGCCACAGGUGUGCUUGCGGACGGGCAGUCCAAUUGGCUGGAAGGGGUCAUGCUGAUGAGCGCUUACUUCGUGAUUGCCUGCAUCUUCUGGUGAGAAAAAGAUAACAGACAAGGCCGCGGAAAGAGCCAGCCAGGCAACAUUGAAAAUAUGCCGGCUCGUGGCUGGCUGGCUGGCUGGCUGGUGUGUGUAUGCGAUGCGUGUGCAGGUACGUGCCUGCCGGUGUAGCAGACGAAACGAUGCAGCCUGGCCUCGCAGCCGCCGUACCAAUGAGCUGAGGAGGCAAGCUCUCUGUCUGCCUGCAAAUGAAGCGACGACUCUAGUGGGAAGGGG